AUUUUACAACACCGGUAAUUAAGUUUGGUCACAUGACCACUAUGGCGGAAAGUGACGAAAGUCCCUCCCCUCCGGAUAAUUGUCACGACCCCAGCAUUGGCCCCAGAAGAGUAAUAAUAACGAAAUCGGAGACCGGGUUUGGAUUUAAUGUUCGCGGACAGGUUAGCGAGGGCGGCGUCCUUAAGUCGAUCAAUGGAGUCCUGUACGCACCGCUUCAGCACGUCAGUGCGGUGUUAGAAGGUGGGGCGGCUCAGAGGGCUGGGAUCAGAAAAGGGGACAGGAUUUUGGAAGUGAACAAUGUGUCAGUUGAAGGUGCUACCCACAAACAGGUUGUGGAUCUUAUCAAGUCUGGUGGUGACACGCUUACACUAACAGUCAUAACAGUACCGGAGCAGGUUGCCGACCGCUUAGAGCCGAGUGACGACUCUUCGGGACCGUCUUAUAUUGACUACUCUGAGAGGCGGUCCCUGCCAAUAUCAAUACCAGACUACCAGACUGUGGCACAAAAUAAUGAUAAAUAUGUGGUGUUCAACAUAUACAUGGCCGGACGCCACUUAUGUUCUAGACGAUACAGCGAAUUUGAUUCCCUGCAUUCUCGGUUAAAACGCGAAUUCCCAGACUUUAAUUUUCCAAAAAUGCCAGGAAAAAAACUAUUUGCAUUGACAGAACAACAGCUGGACUCGAGAAGACGGGGAUUAGAGCAGUACCUGGAAAAAACCUGUGCAGUGAGAGUGAUAGGGGAAAGUGAAACCAUGCAGGAAUUCCUAGCAGCCAACGAGGCAGAGCAGGACUCUGUUACCACGGAUGUUGAGCUGAAGGUGAUGUUGCCAGACCGCACUAUCUGCAUCGUCACUGUACAACGCAAUGACACUACCGACAAUGUAUAUAAUGCGGUCGUUGAAAAAGUCAACCUUUCAGCUGGUGCUGCCGAGUGCUUCUAUUUAUUUGAAACUGUUGAACAUAACUUUGAGAGGAAGUUACAUACAACAGAAUUCCCACACAAUAUUUACAUACAGAACUACUCCACGGCUACAGCUACAUGCAUAGCUCUGAAGAAGUGGGUGUUUUCCCCUGCAAGGGAGAAGUUUCUCAAUGCAGACUCAGUUGCAAUUGGCUUCUUAUACGGACAGGCUGUGGAGGAAGUCAACAAGGGUCUCAUAAAAACAGAAGACAAGCUUUAUGAGCUGAAGUCUAUGCAGGAUGCGGGAAAGAUGCUAGAGUACUUGAAAACAGCGCGGCAUCUUGAGGGCUACAGUGAAAUACAGUUCCCACAUUGCCCCUGUGACUCGAGGAAAGAUGGACAUGUGAUAGCAAUUAUUUCAAGACCCUGUUUUAAAUUAAAAGCAUGUAAAGCGGAUGGGACUCCAGAGACUCAAGUGAUAGAGUUCCAGUGGAAGGAGAUGCUGGAGUUUGAUGUGGAGGAAGAGGGCAUGGUGUUCAACUUCACGUACAAUCGGCCGGGCAAGAAACCCAGAGUUGUACAGAUUCUAACCCCUUAUUAUGUCUUCAUGAAAGAGUGUUUCGAUAGAAUAUAUGAAGAAAUUAAAUGGGAGAAAGAGGAAGGCCUAGAGGGAUGAGAAGGAUACUCUAUAAACAUGGAUUCACUCUCUACAGUCAGAGCUUCAUAUCUGGGUCACCAUGGUCAGUGUCAUACAAGUAAAGGUCAAAGGUCAAGGACAGCUGAUAUGACUCCUGCUCUCGUCAUAUACCAACAUUAUUUUGCCAUACCAUGCCAUACAGUACUGUAAACAGUAUGCUGUAAUUUUAAGUAUGUAAAUAUAACAAAUCUGAAUCAAAGUUGUUAAUACAGUUUGAGUGUCUUUAAGUAGUGAUUCUAGUUGUAAAUUUUACUUCUGUUCUUAUAUUUAUUAAGUCUAUGUAUGAAGAAAAUGUUUUAAGAAAGGUAAACAUGUAUUAAUGAAACAAUCAUAAAGAAAAUAACUUAACGUAAUAUGCUAUCCUAUGGCAUGUGUGCUUAUUUAUAUUUUGAAUGUCUUUAUUAUGAGUAACAGGCGUUUUUAUCAGUAUUAAGUUAAAACACCAUAUAUAUGAGGUUCAUAAUUAGAAAACAAGUCUGAAUGCAACUGCUGGGAUAGAAUGUUACGCCAUCUGCCUUGACAAUUCAUUUAGACCUGUUCUCAUAACAUGUCUAAUAAGAACAAAAUGUUGAAAUGGCCAUGUAUUUAUGUGCCAUUUUGUCUCCUCAAAAAUAUUUCCAAACUUAGAUCUUAUUUAAGAAAAGAGGCUGGUAUCUCAUAAAAUCAGUCUGUUUGGUUCAGAUGCAUUAAAUGGUAAAACAUAUAAUCAGAUAAUAUAUUUAACAGUUUGGUUCAACAAUCGGUGAUUAUGUUAUUAGUAUGUAUUUUUAGCUUAUUCAACAGUAUUGUUAAUAAGUAAAUGCAUCAUAGAAAACCAUUUUUUACAAAUGAUUCAGGUCAGUAUUAAGCUCUACUCAUGGAUAUUUUGGCCUAUGUUAAUGUCAAAGUAUAAUGUUAUUAAUGUGCUUUACUUUAAUUUAAGGAAACUAGACAUGGGCAUAUAUGUUAAUAAUUUAAAUUUAAAACAGACCUCUCCCCCUUUGUUCUGGGAACUAAAUGUACAUAUGACCCGCAAAAAGGGUCUUAUACCAUAUGCGUGCAGAGUAGUUACAGACCACCUGAGCAUUCCCGCAGUGUGGUCAGGAGCUAUACUGUCUGCCAUAUAGUCACUCAAAGUUUCAUGUUCUUAUUAUUGGCCAGAGUAGCUCCUGUUCAGACUCCACAACCGGGAAAUCCUUUACCCAUUUAUACCUAGCGUCUAGAAAAAAGGUCUUGGCAAACAGCGUAGACCCAGAUGAGACACCACAUGAUGCUGCGUCUCAUCAGGGUCUACGCUGUUUGCUUAAAGGAAUUUCUGUAAGAAAUAUUCUAAAUAUAGAAAAAAAUAUACUAGAAAUCCUUAAUUUUGGAAAUAAAUUGAUCCAAUUUUGAAGGAUGGGAGAGUCCAUUAGGCAUAAACAGGUUUAGCAUGUUACUUUUUGUUUUUGGUCUGGAGCUAUGCUGGCCGCAUACUCAGUAUUUCAUAAGAACCAUGAUGACAUUUUGUAUUGUUUGACUGGUUAUUAAAAGGUUACAAUGGUUGUAAAGUGUGACAUUUUUUAAAGCUUAAAUUCUCAUCCCAGCAUAACCAGAAGAGAUUGUGUUCAUAUUAAUGUAUAAUCUGUUACUUUGUGUCAUUAUUUCUAUGAUUUUAUGUCUGUCCAGAAACAAUCGCACACUGGUUUAUGAUUAUUAAUUAACUUAAUAUUAAUGGUGAUUUUAAGAUACUAUCUGUUGAAUUAGCCAAAUAAAUAAACUUCUGCAGUAUUAGUACAAUACAAAUGGCUUUUCUAAUUACUUGGCAGCAAUGAUAAACAUGAUGGGAGAAGUGUCAUGUUCUCCACCAAGACCUCAAGGACAAGGUCACACUGCCAGGUUAAAGGUCAAGUGACUUUUACAUAAUCUGGAUUUAUUAAAUAACUUGGCUCUAGUAUCAAUACAAUUGCAGUUCAUGGUCUAAUACAAUAAUUAUUCCCUUACACUUUGUGUGGAUAAUUACUCUUGUCUAUCAUCAAAAGAUUUUCAAAUAAUAUAAGUGACAAAGUUUUGUGCAAAGACUUGUCAUGUACAAUAGGUUGGUCCUUAGGUCUUUUUUGUACAGAGUUUGAGAUUGGCAAGCAUAGAUGGGUCUUUGGAAAGGGGAAAAGAAUGGUUAGAUGGAUUGUCAUAUACAGGAACCCGGCUUCUAGGUCAAGGUUUUAAUUCAAGGUUAAAUUGUCAAUUUAAGACAUAAAUACUAUGUCUAGAGCAAAACUUUGCCUACCAUGAAUGGAUUCUGAAAUAGGUCUACAGAAAGGACAGGCAUUGUUUUGCAAGGUGUUAUGCGCCAUGCAUGAUGCCCUUAGGUAAAAGUCACAAUUCAAGGGAAAAUCAGAAAACAUUCAUAAGCAUGACUAGGAUUAUUUAUUAACAGUAGUAAGGAAGCACUAAGUGAAAAUGAACAGUCAUAUUUCAAGACUGCGUAAACUUGUUUAAAAAUCUUUUUUCUGAUGUUACUUCAUUGACUUUGUGAGUCUAUAUGUGAAGUAAACUGUUAUCAAUUUGUAGCAUGAUGGUGCCUAUGUAUUAGAAUAUAGUAUAUGUGUUAAGCACCAAAACCUGUUUUAUUGGUUUCGAUGAUCAAUUAAAACUUAAUUAACUUAAUUUUGUUUUGGGGCUGACAUUGACAUGUUCAAAUUAAAAUGAUAUGUACACCAUUUUUAGCUCCACUGACCAGAGGCCAGCGGGGCUUAUGUCAUGGUCCUGUGUCCGUCGUGCGUGCGUACUUGCGUGCGUUAAUUUUUUCUUUAAACAUCUCCUAAAGUACUGGUCCAAUUCUGAUGAAAUUUCUCAGGAAUGUUCCUUGGAUGAACCUCUUUCAAAUUUGUUCAAAUUAUGCCCCAGGGGUCAAAUUUGACCCCGCCCCGGGGGUCACACAAUUGAAAAUUUGCUUAUAUUAAGCCUAUUUUAUGAAAACUUUCAAAAUCUUCUCGUCCAUAACCAUUGGGCCUAUGGUUAUCAAAUUGGGUAUGUAAAGACAUCUAAUAGUCCUCUACCAAAUUUCUUCAAAUUAUGCCCCUGGGGUCAAAUUUGACCCUGCCCGGGGGUCACAAAAUUGAACAAAUGCUUAUAUAAAGCCUAUUUUGUGCAAACUUUAAAAAUCUUCUUGUCCAUAACCAUAGGGUCUAGGGAUACCAAAUUUGGUAUGUAGUGACAUGUAAUAGUUUUCUACUUAGUUUGUUCAAAUUAUACCCCUGGGGUCAAAUUUGACCCUGCCCCAGGGGUCACAAAAAUGAACAUAUGCUUAAUAUAUCCGCGGCCCGCGAAAUCUCUCCGCAUUUUACACUGGUAUAUUCUGCCUAAGCAUUAUUAAAUCGAGCAAUAUAUUGGCUGUCGUUUCCCAAUCUUCCAAUUAAAAUCGGUUUCAUAAAAUGUGUUUGGUAUUUCGUAUGCAAAUGGCGCCGUUGUGAAGGUUACAGUAUACUAAAUAAUCAUAUCAUGUAGGGCUGUACUCUCUAAAAAAAUAUCAUAUUGACUCGAAGGCAUGUUUUAAAGUUUAAAUAUUGUUCGGGUUUUAUCUUUCAGAGAUAAUGGUAGGGCAUAAAUAUGUGUUCACGACCGAAUCCAUGAAAUAUGAUAAACUUGGAGACUUAAGUAAAGCCUUGCACUGAAAAGGUUACAUUCCACUAAGAAACGGCCGAAAAAAAAGUUGCAAAAACAGUCGAUUUUGAUUUGUGUCAAGUUCUUUCUUGGAUUGAACAUGACCUAUCUUUUUUAUUGCAUAAAUCGAUUCCGCUUAGAAUGGCAUGUAAGAAACGGUAUGGUUAUGGGGGUCUCUAUGUGCAAAAUGUUGCAUUUAUUUUCGCUCAAAGUUGUCGCUUUUACAUUGAAUUAUAUAGGGAAACUAUUUAGUAUAUUCUGACCUGAAGCGAAAAUUAAGAUUAUUGAAAUGACAAAUAUCAAUCGAAUUAACAACUGACAUCAUAUAGUUUGAUAGGAAUAAUAACAAAAAAGACUACAUUUUAGAUACAAGAAUCACAUAUUUUGUUUAGAAAUGAGCACAGUGAAUUUGUGUCACGGAAACCAGUGUUUCUGUUUGCAAAUUGGGAGUUCAGUCUACUCGCGAAGUAAAUCAAUUUAGAAGAGGAUCUUUCGAACAUGGAAAUAGACAAACAUGAUUUGAUUUAUACGAUAGUGGAUCUGUGUAUUAUCAGAUUCAUAUGCAUAUUUUGCUUUAUUAUGUUGGUCACGCUGUUCAGUUAAUUGAAAUAGCAUUGAACUAAAGAUGUAAAAUGCAAGAUAUUGAAAGGUAAACAAAUUAUAUUUUAUAUUAAUUUAACUCAGUUUAAUACAUCAUUAACACAAGAAGAACACUCAAGUGUGUUUGUUUAUAUUUAGUCCAUUAACCUUGUUUGUAUAUAAUACUUUAUAAAAAAAAAAAUUGUAUUGUUUUGUUUGUUUUCACCAAAUGGUUAGUAUUGUUCUUUUAUGUUAACAUUCUCAAAAUUCUUGUUGUCCCCUACCGGUUUCAACGGAGGGGACUUAUGGUUUGCGCUCUGUUCUGUCUGUCCGUCACACUUUUCUGGAUCCUGCGAUGACUUUAAAAGUUCUUAAUAUUUUUUCAUGAAACUUGCAACAUGGAUAGAUGGCAAUAAGGACAUUAUGCACGUCAUUUCAUUUUGUUCCUACGUCAAAAAUUGUGGUUGCUAUGGCAACCAAAAAAAAAUAUUCUGAAAAUGGUGGAAUUUCUGACAAUGGUGGAGCCGAGACAAUAUCUUUUGGAGAGAUAAAUGUACCUACGUUAUAAGCAAAGAACCUGUGCGACAAUUCCCAGACUUUUUAGUCUGUUUAGUUAACACCGUAGUAACGUUUUCCAUUUAUAAAAAAUGCUCACCCUUCCAACUUAAAGCGCCCAAUGGGACAAGGGAUAGAAAGAGAAAGUCACAUGCUUGAGUACAUUUCAACCCAUGCGCAUUGCAUGCUUUUUUCGCAUAAAAAAGCAGUGGAGCGAUACAGGGCCACCAUGGCCCUCUUGUUAAUUUUGGAUGUGCAUUUGUUUGCGUUGGAUGUCAGGUGCACUCUGAUAUGAAGAUUUCUGCCAUUGUUUAAAUGCACAACCCAUUACUCCACUUGUCAUAUUUAUUUCUUAAAUAAGAAUAACUGUACACAGUUUGAGAGAAAAAUGACUCCUGGUAAAUAUUGUGUAGUAUUGUUUUAUUAAGAAGUAAAACAAAAACUUGUUAAGCAAUUCGAGGGUUUGGCGCAAAACUAUUGUAACUCACAUUUUUAGAAUUUUACAGGAGAUCAAAAAAACAUCCUUGUUUCCCUAAUUUUCACUUCCUGAUAAAAACCAGGCUAAAACUUGUAGUAAAUAACUGUAUUUAAACAUAACAGUUAACAAUUUGUUUAAAUAUUGAUUCAUUUAAAUGUAUUUGAUUAAUAUCAAGAUACAAUACUGUUGCGUUAAAAUUUAUUCCUUUUUAGCCAAUAUAAUUUGGUGCAAAACUAUUGUAUCUAAAGAUACAUUACUUUUGCACUAAGUUUUUAUCUAAAAUUGAUGGUUUUGACAUAUCCAAGAAAUAUUGUAACUAUAAAGGAAGAUUUUUAAUGGACAUGUUUAUAACCUUAAUUUUAUAAUGUAAUUAUAAAGAAGGGAAGAAAUCUUUUAAUGACAUUAAAUUAAGUAUACUUCGAUGGACGGUUGGUUUCAUUUCAACUGUUACAGUAGAAAAUGCACACCAUGACUGGCCAGGUACUUACAACUGAUUAGACUGGUAUCUUACAAAAUAACAUUCCAUCAAAAUAAACAAAUUUAAAUGAGUGUAUUAUGAUAAUAAUAUCAAUAAUCAUUGAUACAAUGCCACAUAACAGUUGCAAGUGAAAAUAAACACUUAAGUCUUGAUAUGAUAGGUAUCUUUAAUAUUAACAAAAGUAGAUUUACCUUAAGUACCUUUAAUAUAAAAUUAUAAUAUGUUAUUUCCUUAAUCUUAUUUUUUUUAUUUAGCAAAGAUUUGUUUAAUUCCCAUUGUAUUCCAUUAUACUAAAAUGCCAUAGUUAUAAUCAAAUAAUGUAUAAAGACAGUCAUUUAAUUGCAGAACUUGUGAAAUAAUUGGCAAUUGAUAUGUGAAUUAAAAGUCUGCAUUAUGCAAUUAAAACAUGUAUUGUCAUAUUUACACACUAUUCCUAUAUUUCUAAUGUUUAGGUCCAUAACUUCAUUAUAAACAAACAAAACAAAAAAUCCAAAACAUCAAAAUGAUACUUAAUGCUAACAUCCAAACAUUACUUCAUCAGUAACUUUCAUACAAAAUUUUCAUAAAGGAGGAGAAAGAAGAAUGUAUGGUGGACACCAAUGGAAUGGCAUGAGCUUUGCAAAGCAAUAAAUGUGCCUUUUUCAAGUUUUGGUAAAUUGAAAAAAUUAAAAAAAGUUGUUUCAGAUUUGCAAAUUUUCGUUAUAAUUAUGAUAUUUGGUGAGGAAACAGUAAAAUUCGGAACAAUUACGAUGCUCUAAAUUAUCCAUUAUGCAUCUUUUUACAAUUUAAAAACCUGAAAUUAUAAAGCGUUGCAACAGAAAACAAAUGAAUAAUUUGGAGAGUUCUGUUGUUGUUUUUAUAUUUUGUUAAUCUACGAGGAUUGCUUAUAUAAAAUAUCAAAUACAUCAAUCAUUGUAUAAGCACAGAUGGCCGAGUGGUCUUAGCGGUAGACGUUUACUCCAGGACUCCAGGGGUCAGUGAUUCCAGCUCAGCUGAGGGUUACUGUUUUUUUUCUUCUUUUUUUAUUUCAUUCUUGUUUUACUGGAGCUUUGUUGAUCCAAUGUUUGCAAUUAUCAAUAUAAAGCAUUUAAUGACAAUCUUCAAUACAUGCCAAAAUCUGUGAAAAGGCCCCUUAUGAGGUCUCUGUCUUUUUCCCAUUUCAAUUUGAUUCAACAGAAUCCUCCUUUGAAUUUCUUGGUCGUUGCAUCAGAUUUAACUCAUGAAACCAUAUCGGUACUGAUAAAACACCAAUACCCGUGUACAUUUAACUUAAUUGUACUAAAUGUUAUUUAUCAUAGUCAGCAAUACCAUACGUUGACUGAUGUACCCGACCGUGUAAACUCAAACAUCCUUAAUGUUAUUCAUCAUAGUCAGAAAUAUAAUACCUUGACUAAUGUACCCUUGUAAAUUCAAUCAUCAAAAUGUUAUUUAUCAUAGUCAAAUAUGCCAUACCUUGAAUAAUGUAUCCGUUUAAAUUCAAACAUCCUGAGUGUUAUUUUUCAUAGUCAGAUAUACCACACCUUGACUUAAUAUGUACCUGUGUAAAUUCAAACAUCCUUAAUGUUAUUUUCCAUAGUCUGAAAUAUCAUACCUUGACUGAUGUACCCGUGUAAAUUCAAACAUCCUAAAUGCUAUUUAUCAUAGUCAGGAAUACCAUACCUUGACUAAUGUACCCAUGUGAUUCAAAUAUCCUAAAUGUUAGUUACCAUACUCAGAAAUACCGUAACUUGACUAAUGUACCAGUGUAAAUUCAAACAUCCGAAAUGUUUUUAUUUAUAGUCAGAUAUUCCAAUCCUUGACUCAGAUGUACCCGUGUAAACUCAAACAUCCCAAAUGUUAUUUAUCAUAGUCAGAUAUACCAUACCUUGACAAAUAAACCCGUGUUAAUUGAAACAUUCUAAAUGUUAUCUACCACUGUCAGGAAUGCCAUGAUACCUUUACUAAUGUACCCGUGUAAAUUCUUACAUUCUAAAUGUUAUUUAUCAUAGUCAGAUAUACCAUACCUUGACUAAUGUACCUGUUUAAAUUCAAACAUCCUUAAUGUUAUUUAUCAAAGUCAGGAAUACCAUACCUUGACUAAUUUACAAGUGUAAAUUCAAACAUCCUAAAUGUUAUGUACCAUAAUCAGAAAUACCAUACCUUGACUUAUGUACUGGUGUAAAUGUAAACAUCCUAAAAGUUAUUUAUCAUAGUCAGAUAUACCAUGCCUUGCUUUAUAAACCUGUGUAAAUUCAAACAUCCUAAAUGCUAUUUACCACAGCCAGAAAUACCAUACCUUCAAUAAUGUACCAUACCUUGACUGAUGUUCCUGUGUAAAAUUAUCUUAAAUGCUAUUUAUCAUUGUCAGGAGUACCACACCUUGACUAAUGUACCUGUGUAAGUUCAAACAUCCUUAAUGUUAUUUACUAUUAUAGUCUGAAAUACCACACCUUGACUGAUGUACCCGUGUAAAUUCAAACAUCCUAAAUGCUAUUUAUCAUAGUCAGGAGUACCAUACCUUAACAAAUGUACCGGUGUUAAAAUUCAAGCAUCCUUAAUGUAAUUUAUCAUAGUCAGGAAAACCAUACUUUGACAAAUGUACCAGUGUAAUUUCAAACAUACUAAAUGUUAUUUUUCAUAGUCAGCAAUACCAUACGUUGACUAAUGUACCCGUGUAAAUUCAAAAAUCCUAAAUGUAAUUUAUCAUAGCCAGCAAUACUAUAUGUUUACUCAUGUACCCAUGUAAAUUUAAACAUCUUAAAUGUUACUUAUCAUAGUCAGAAAUACCAUACAUUGACCAAUGUACCCUUGUAAAUUCAAACAUCCUUUAUGUUAUUUAUAAUAGUCAGAUAUACCAUACCUUGGCUAAUAUGUCCUGUGUAAAUUCAAAUAUCCUUAAUGUUAUAUCAUAGUCAGAUAUACUAUACCUUGACGAAUGUACCCGUUUACAUUCAAACAUCCUAAAUGUUAUUUAUCAUAGUCAGGAAUAUCAUACCUUGACUAAUAUACCCGUGUAAAUUCAAACAUCCUUAAUGUUAUUUAUAGGGAUGCAAGAAGUAAACCGGCUAACCGGUUAACCUUCUGAAACGACCAGUUAAUCGUUUACAUUUUCGGAAAAGAUUAACCUAGAAAAAAAUAUUUGAUUAUGUUGAUUUUUUCAUGGAAUAAUUUGUACUUGUUUACUUUUUUGGUGUGGCAUACUGCCAACUUGCGCUGGCGACUUGUAAGAACAACAGGCCGCACCAUUGCCAGUAAUAAAUAACAUGUCAACAAAGUAAUAAAGCAAUUAAUCAAUAUUUUAGAUACAACAUUUUUGCAGGAUCACUAUAAAAUUGUACAUGUUAAUUAUAUAACUGUGAUAUUUUUUUUAUGGAUGCAGGGUAUGAAAAUAUGUACAAUUUUAGUGGAAAGUGGUUUUGAGAAAAAAUCAUAGUUACAAUAGUUUUGGGCCAAACCCUCGAAUUGCAUUUAUUAGUAAUGUUUAUCUUGUCCAAACUGUGAAAAUCGCAGUGUAUUUUCUGUCAUAAACCCCCCCCCCCCAAAAAAAAACCACACUGUGUUUACCAUUAUUGUGACAUAUUUAGAAGUAUCUUGUUGGAACUCCUACAUAUUUUUCCAUUUUGUUGUUUGUAAUUUUUAUGGCCCCGGAUGGAAUGAUUGGGGGUAUAUUGUUUUUGGCCUGUCUGUCUGUCAUUGUAUUUGUCUGUCUGUCUGUCUGUCACAAAAUGUAACCUUAGUUAAACUUUUGCAGUAACUUUUGUAAUAUUGAAGAUAGCAACUUAAUAUUUGGCAUGCAUGUGUAUCUCAUGGAGCUGCACAUUUUGAGUUUUGAAAGGUCAAGGUCAUCAGUCAAGGUCAAAGGUAAGGAAAAUUAAUCAAAGCCACGCAUUUGGGGGCAUUGUGUUUCUGACAAACACAUCUCUUGUUUGUUAAAGCUAAAAAAUCGUCUGUCAUGUUUCCCAGCUUCCACUGUAUAAGCGUUGUCUAGUACUGAACUACUAGAGUUUUGUUAUUGUUACGUUUAUUGCUGCGUAUGUUGAUCAUUUAUAUAUGAAAUAUGAACACACUUAAUAAAAUGGGACACCAUUUUA